ACACAAGAUAUUCUACAUGUGGUUAACAAAAGAGUCACUGGUUAUUGGCCUCAAGGCAGAGACGAGCUGGCUAGACUCUUAUCGAAAUUGCGUAUAGAAAGGGAUUUGUCUUGAAAGCUAGACGGACAAUUUUGAUUUCUCCAUUUCUCAUGUGAUAGUGAAAGACAACAUUGUCCCUAGAACGGAAAAAUAGAAUUGGAAUCUUCUAUUUGACUUACUACGGGCAUCACAUGAUUACCAUAGUCUAUGGAGAUCUCAGUCAGCUCCCCCACCAAUGAGCGGGGGUGCUUCUGUUCCAACUGAACUGGGUACAGUCAGGUGCAACCCAUUGGACGCAUGAGCCAAUGUUCUACACACAGAAGAACACUACACUUAAAUUCAAGUGGCAUUCUCCUAAAAUGGAAAUGGAAAAAUUCAGAAUUAUAUACUUUUAUAAAAGUAUAAAUAAUUAUAUACUCUUUUUUCUAUUUUUAUAAAUAAGGAAGGAGGAAUAAGGUAGAAAUCAAUCAAAAAAUCAAUGGAAUUCUCUGUAAGAGCUGCGGAACUAGCAAGUCUAUUAGAAAGUAGAAUUAGCAACUUUGUCACUAGUUUUCAAUUGGAUGAGAUCGGUCGAGUGGUGUCCGUUGGAGAUGGUAUUGCACGUGUUUAUGGAUUAAACGAGAUUCAAGCUGGGGAAAUGGUGGAAUUUGCGCCUAUUUGUAUCUAUUUAGUGAUCAGUCUGCUAGUUUCUUUGAUCCCACUCGAUCUUCUAUUUUGCCGGAAUUCGUUAAUUGCUCCGUACGAAUUUACAAUGGAAAAAGGCCUGUUCGUUGUAAGAUCACUGAAGGAAAAGUUGGUCAUAAAUUUGGAGAGUUUGCUUCUACACGGAAACGAAGACUUUCAAGAACAAAUAUUAAAGCGGUUACCACAAACGAGAGAAAAAGUCCAAAUAAGUCGCAUAUGGCACUAAAAGGAAAUCCUAUUUGUGGAACCAUCCUUCUUUGUGAGCUCAUGAUUGAAGCCUUUCCCCUUCUCCUUUCUUGCUUCUUGUUAGUCUGUGGUGUCCCAUUUGUCACCUUUUCCGAGCCAGUGGGGGACGAACAUAGAAGUUUAGAGGAACUGGUGGACUCAUCCACCAGUUCCGAAGAGGAAGUGGAUGAGUCCACCAGUUCCGAAGAGGAAGUGGAUGAGUCCACCAGUUCCGAAGGGGAAGUGGAUGAGAAUGGCGCGGGCGCACAAGUACCCCAACCCACAGGGGAAAAUGCGUCCACUAAUGUGGAGGGUGUUUCACCCGCGGAAACGGAACGGCUCCCAGACCACCCUAUUCCUUCUUUCGAAGCAGAAAUGCUUGAAGCGAGGGAAAGGCUCAACCGGCAACGACAGAUCAUAAAUCGACUCUCGUCUGGCGAGGCCUCCGAGGAAGAGCUACGGUCACUCCAUUCAGGGGAGCUGCAGCGGUCUGUGAAUGACACAUGGACUCGCUUUCAGCGUGCCUACGCGCUGCGGGAUGCCCGGGAACGGGAGAAUUCUCGUCUGAGGCGCAGGGAUCCUGGAGCGGGGUUGUAAAAAUUGAGCAAAAUAGCUCGGUAGAGGGUUCAAAGAAAGGGUAGGAAGACAGUCUUCUUAUCGGUGGGAUACUUUCAUUGAAUGAUCGUGACAGCUCUUCAAAUCCUAUUCAGUCUGAUUAGAUAUGUCACUGAAACAAUCCGUUCUGUCUCUGUUUUAUUUUCUUUCGGGGGAGGGACAAAAGAGAGAUGCUUUCUAUCAGUCAAAAGCGGAUACCGCCCCCCCUCAUGCUCCCACGGUCCGCUUGCCGAGGAAUAGAAAGGGAGGACCGGGGGCAAGAGCAAGUUGGGUUGGGGUAUGGAGCCGUAAGCGCGGUGGGGGGGUGACAGAGGACGUGCUCGUACGGUUCAAAGAAGGGUAUGAUCAACUCGUUGAUUGUUGGGAACUUUCACUCCUCUAUAUUCGAAAUAUGCCUUUCUAGGAGCAUUACGAUCUGCAGCUCAAAUGGUCUCUUAUGAAGUCUCUAUUGGUCUUAUUCUUAUUGUGCGCCUUGUGAGCGCGUUUGGAUCCGCGAAGGCAAUCGCUCGGAUGUUCCCCUAACCCAACCCGGGAACGGACCGGAGGGAACCGCAGCAUGGGGAAUGUCCGCGUCUCGUCGCAAGGCUCAUUUUUAGUUUUGGGUCAUAGGGCGGGCGGCUUUAUCUGAUCAAGGGCCGGGGCACAAGGGUCCUGGUACUAUCCAGGUGCGAAGAACCCCGGAGGUGACUGCAAUGAGCAGAAAUCUCACUCACCGGCCUAAACGACGAGCAAACACUCGAACGUGAGAGCAAGGGAUCACCUAACGAAGGGACGAGCUCCAAGGAGGGAGGAAAGAGGAAGGCAAGAACCAUGCUUUCAGAGAAGUGGCGGUCCGAAUCUUAUCUGAACUGCGAGAAUAACUGACUAAGCCAUGCCAUAAGGGUCAUUCUCCAAACGGGACGGGGCCAAGCCUUUAGGUUGUUUAAGUAGGUUGGGUGACAGAUCGGCCAUAGGAGUACUCCGGGAUAUAAACCAGGGCAACCAAUGUCGAGCAUACGACGAUGCCGCCCGUUUUCAUUUCGUGGAAGUCCCCGGCAGAGGAAAGGGCUGUAGGUGAUGGCGCGUUCUGCUUCUUAUCUAGAGAGGGGCGCUGAAAUCGUUCCUAUUGGGUCGUGCGUGACAGCUGGUAUAGAUGAAUAAAGGCGGGCCGCUUGAACGGGACCUAUUAUCUUAAUAGGCGGCAAAGCUGAAUAGGAAAGGGGCCGAGCUGACUGAUGAGUUCCUUUUUACCCUUUAAAAAAAGGGCUCUCAUGUGAAGCUAACAUGGCUGGCUACAUACAAGUAUAGCCAAAUCAAGAUGAGACGUGACGGACGGUCAGAGGCCGCAGCGGGACUAUCAUAGGAAAGCCCGCCCCCGCUAGCUAACAUAGAAAGAUAUUCCCGGAUAGCAAAAGUCUCUAUGUGAAUCUCUUCCCGACCAGGCCAGGCCGAAUCGGGCCACCACUUGGGAUGGGAAUGGCUCAGCCCAUAUGCAUCAUUUGAUGAAAGCACUCCAGUCCAGUCGCUUCCUCGAAGUGGCUUGUCAACCACGCUUUCCCUCCCUCAAAACAAUGCUCCUCACCAACCUUAACGGCCUUGGGUUGGGGCAAGACAGCAAUGAGUAGUUCGCUCCAGGACCCCACCCCCGCGAGAGCAGGAUGCCGGCCGAGAUGGAGCUGGGAGCCAACCUAGACUUUCCUGGGGCUUGCCUUGCCCCAACAUCUAAAUAAAAUGCGGGCGCCGAAAAGGAACCAGCCCAGCCUCUUCAAGAAAGCUUUGCUUGGUAGGCGCUGCCUAUUCACUCGGACAAUGCUCUAAACACGAAAGUGUGACGCCCCCUUCUCCCAUGCUGAGUCACAGGCAGCGCCUCGGAAAGCGCGGACGAGCCACAUGCAGGGAAACUUGCACGUGUGGUUCUGGCCGGGGACCCCGGUAUACUGUACUAAUAUGUGUAGGUCCCCGUAAUUCGAGUGAGAUUGUCAUGGCGCAAAAGCAGAUAUGGUCCGGUAUUCCCUUGUUCCCUGUAUUGGUUAUGUUCUUCAUUUCUUGUCUAGCAGAAACUAAUCGAGCUCCGUUUGAUCUCCCAGAAGCGGAAGCUGAAUCAGUUGCAGGCUAUAAUGUAGAAUAUGCGCGGGAUGCGAUCCUUAAUAGUCCACUGUUGGCGGAAGCCAAUGUCCCGGGGUCCCGGGGACUCAUUCUGACUGAAACAAGGGGUGGGUCUUUACCUACUUUAAAAUCUAAGAUUUUAGGUAAGCCAAAAAACGUGAGCGCCCCUACGCGAGCCUUAUUGAAAAGGCCCCUUACUAUAGAACAAAGCAAGGGAUUGAGCUUUAGAAAGCCGUUGCUUGUUUAGCACAAGCACUAAGUAAGAAACCUUGAAAACUCAAGUAAAGCCUUUUUAUAUAUGUAUUCUAUUAAUGCGCUCAAGCAUGCGAAGAAAGCAACAAGCGCCAUUAGCCCUCGAGCUGACGCUCGAGCAACUUCGUACCUCUCCUUACGUCGAGCUGCUCCUACCGCUCCUCUCCCAGCAAGAAAAGGGAUGCGCGAAGGCGCAACGAGCAAGAAAAGGGAUGCGCGAAGCUAAGGCGCACCGGCUUUCGCGCUAGCUCAGUCCGUUGCUUCUUCGCUCGAGCGUCAGCUCGAGCUACUUCGUACCCUUGCUUCUUCGUCUAACGGCUUUCGCGCUCGGGCCGGUGCUUCUUUCUAAGGCGCACCGGCUUUCGCGCCCUUGCUUGUUAGGUCGAGCGUCUUCAAACCUUUCUAUGUUAUUAGUAAAGAGCUUUUCUUGCUUGUUUAGUAAAGUCACGCUUUUCAUUUUUAUAGGAGUAGGUGCUUGCUGGGGCAGAGCACUCUUCAUUCGAAACUAAUGAAUGUCGGGUCGGGGGUUUCUGCCUUGUUAUCAAAAAGGGAGUUGGGUAAAGCAAACUCCCUCCUUGGACGAGCACGGGGCUUAGUCAAGUAGAACCGGGUUGCGCUGCUUGAUGCUCCGAUCGAAAACAAAUCAGUGGGGCCAUGCCGGUACGACUGAAUAUGCGUUAAAAAGGUCAAUCCCUCCACUACGACACCAAAAAAAAGCGGGCCGAACUUCUAACAGCCCGCCCGCUUCCAUAGAACAAUAUCGCGGCAACGUAGACCUAAGUGGUCAUAUUGGAUCUUUGGGAACCAUCACAAGUACGGCCGGCCUAUAUUUAAACGAGAAUGCCGUGUCGUCCAGCGGAGCCUAGAAGAAGGUGACUCGCGCAGACAGCUGACUUCUUUUCAAUAGAAAGGAAUAGCCAAACCAACCCAGCUGGCUGGUCAAUCUCAGAGAUCUUAUCGGCCGGCAAACCGGAGACGGACGACCACGGUCCCGACCUUACCAGCACCGGAGGUGUACUAAUCAAUGAACCCCCGAAACCUACUUUCUUUUCUGACAAAAUCCACCCCGGUCACGACAUGUUGUUGAUAUUGAUUGAGUUUGAGGGACUUUCGCUGACUAAAUCCAUCCAUAAACCUAGACCCCGGUAACCUUCGUAACCAAAGCGUCAAGACAACAGCCAAAGGUCACCUUUGGAUUCUUAAGUAGGGGGCAAAGAAAAGAGGAGCACGUAGGAAUGCCGACCACUACAUAAGCCACUGGUGGCUGAGAGAAAGCGAGCAGCACCUUGUAUAGGUUGGGCGGAGCUUGAAGAAGCGAGCCCCUAUCAGAGAAAGCCAUUGCGCGCUAGCCUAGCUAGCUAGCGUUUUUCAGCUGGCUGUUAUGUUAGUUGUAGCGCGCCUUCCCUCCUUAUCUCACUUCGGAAAGAUUUCGCAGUAUUUUCUUAUGAUGACCUGGUCGAGAGAGUACGAUACAUCGGUGUAAAAGAUUGAGUGGGAUCUGUGAGGUUGGUUAUAGUAAGGCCUGGCCGGAAAGUGUUCUUGCCUCUAUCAUUAGCUCGGGUAGUCGCCGUUUCUGGUGUUUCAGUCACCUUUCCAUGGCUCCCUUAAUUAUGUGCUAGGAAUUUCCCUAUUGAGUAAUGGGAAGCGGGCUAGUCCCCGAAAAUGCUCGUUUAAGUAAGGUCGUUGGGGUACACAGGCUGGUAGCCGUAGAACGGUCGAUUUAGGCAAAGGCGAACCCAUACAUAACCAUAACAUAAAUAAAUAAGAGUAAGAGAGAACCAAGGAGUGAAUGAAUCUGACUAGCUACUUUUUCUAUCUCAAUCGGGAAAGAAGGCAAUUCACUACCGAGAGAAGAGGGAAUUGCUUAGUAGGCAAGACAGACACGAGAGCCGUUUACAACUGAAGUAGGGCAUUCCUUUACUUGAAUGAGUGAGUAGAUCAAAUCAAUGAAAUGCGGUUAAUAACCUCUCUUCUAAGCCAUGGAAAGUACAACUCCGUCGAACCUCUGCGAGGACGGGAUUAAAGAUUAUUAGUUUUGUGGGAAGAAUCCGCUUGCUUACUCGGUUAGAGAAAGAUCGAAUAAAUAAUAAACCAAAGCGCAAGUAAAAGCUAGAAAAGGGAGUUUCUAAAGAGACAACCAAAGCAGUUCGUUCUCCUCGCUUGAGAUGGGUCAGUCUUUCCCGCGCCGCGUGGGAUAAGGGUGAUAACUUGAAAGAGGUCAUUGAGCCAAUGCUUAUAAUAAGUUGUCUUUUAGGCCCA